AUGGAAGGAAAAAAGUUUCAGGACUUGAAUAUUCGAUUGGGUUAUCCUUGUGUGUACCAACAUCAUGGAGCUUGUGAACAUAUUUUUUGUAUUACCAGUGUUGAUCUUCUUGAUUCAUCCGAUAAUCUUAAGAGAUCAGCGUAUCCAAUAAUCAGCAAACUAAGCAGAAAACGAUCAAAGUUAUGUGAUAUUUGUGGACAAAUGGAUGCAAAUUAUCUUGUAACAAAUUGUGCACUUCAUGUCAAAGAUCCAAUGAACUUGUGUUCUGGUUGUUUCUUCUCGUUUCAUUAUGAAAAAGAUGGAAUGACAAAGAUCGGCAGUUUCAAUGCUUAUCGUAUCUUUAGCGCAAAUCCAUAG